AUGUUGGGUGCGCUGUUGCUGAUCGCAGCGGUAGUGUACGUGUGGUUCGCCUACUCGUACAAGUACUGGAAGAAGAAGGGAGUGCCCUACCUGGAACCACAGUUUCCCUUCGGCAAUAUCUACAAAAGUUUUGUGGGAAAGCAGUCCAUGGCAGCGGAUGUCACGGACGCGUACAAACAGCUAAAAGGGCACCGUUUUGGUGGAAUUUAUUUCUUCAACCGACCCGCUCUAGUGCUAGUGGAACCAGACCUAAUACGCAACAUACUCGUGAAGGAUUUCUGGACAUUCCAAGACAGGGGAAUAAGGGUGGACGAACGCGAACCGCUCUCCAGACACCUGUUCUUGCUGGGUGGGAGCAAGUGGCGGAAGCUACGCGCGAAGCUGACGCCCACGUUCACAUCUGGCAAAAUGAAGAUGAUGUUCCAGACGAUGGCGGACUGCGGCCGCGAGAUGGGGGAGGUGCUGGAGGCGGCCGCGUCGCGCGGGGAGGAGGUCGAGAUGAGGGAGCUGGCCGCCCGCUACGCCACCGACGUCAUCGCGUCCGUGGCCUUCGGCAUCGAGAUCGACUGCCAGCGCGAACCGGACACCGAGUUCCGGCAGUGGGGGCGGCGCUUCUUCCAGCAGAACUUCCUCAACACCCUCAACGGGAUCCGAAAGCCCAUAUUGAUGAUGGUGAAGAGCAACGCUUCUGCCGUCUCGCACUACUUCCGCAGCAUGGUGCGGCAGACGGUGAACUACAGGGAGGAGAACGGCGUGACGAGGAACGACUUCAUGCAGCUGAUGAUCGAGCUCAAGAACAAGGGCUGCGUGGGCAGCGACAAGCCUGGGGCGCACAAGGAGAAGGGCGAAGAGGACACGUGGAAGUGAUCCAAAACGUCAUGUUUGUCGAUGGACGACGUGGCCGCGCAGGCGUUCGUGUUCUUCCUGGCGGGCUUCGAGACGUCUUCGACGACCAUGAGCUUCGCCCUCCACGAGCUGGCUCACCACCCGGACAUCCAGGCGCGAGUGCAGGAGGAGAUAGACGCAGUCCUCAAGCAACACGACGGAAAAGUCACCUACGAGUCAAUCAACAGCAUGCACUACCUGGAAAAAGUAGUCGCAGAGACGCUGAGGAAGUAUCCACCACUUCCUGUACUGAACAGGGAGAGUAACGCCGUGUACAAGAUUCCUGACAGCGACGUCGUCCUGGACAAAGGGACGCCCGUCGUGAUACCAGUGUACGGGCUGCACCACGACCCGGAGAUCUACCCAGACCCGGAGCGCUUCGACCCCGAGAGGUUCUCUGAGGAGCAGAAGGCGCAGAGGCACCCCUACGUGUACCUGCCGUUCGGGGAGGGCCCCCGCAUCUGCAUAGGUAUGAGAUUUGGGUUGCUGCAAACUAAAGUCGGGCUCACCAACAUUCUCUCGAGGUAUAACAUAGAGCCAUGUGAGAAGACCAUCCGCCAUCUGUCCUUCGAACCCAGGGCGAUAGUCCUCACACCAAAAGGCGGUAUACAGCUGAGGCUGAGCAAGAGGAACAAAGGGUAG